UCUUCUCCUUUUCCUCCUGGACCACAUUCCAUGGCUGUGAAUCAACUUCAUUGACACCCUUACUUUCUUCUUCCCUUUUUUCUUUUUUUUCUUUUUUGGUCUCUCCAGCUUCUCUCAGCCUUCUCCUUUCCCAAUCUAGCCAUGACUUACUCUCAGUGCCUUUCUGCAAGAAACACACUUUCCUUAGUUCAUAAAUCUCAUAUUUACAUCCCUGCUGAACACAGGCUCUGUGUUAUCAUCCCCAAUGAAACACAACUUCCCAGAGUUCUAAAGCCCCAGAGUUUGAAUCUUUCGCAUGUCAGAUUGAGGAACUCCAGCUUCAUUCACCCGCCUUUCGCUUCCCUUUCAUCUUUUGCUGAAGCUGAGGGGGAUAGGAACGAGAAAUUUGAAGCUAAAGGACUGCAUAAUCAAGAAGGUUCGAGUUCUGAAGAUGACAACAAUAUGCCUGGAAUGGCGCAGGCUUUUAACAUAUCUUCAACCACAGCUUCUGCUAUAUCAAUCUGUAUCGCAUUGGCAGCCUUGACUUUCCCCUUUUUCAUGAAGUCUUUUGGCCCGGGAUUGGCCUUCAAACACAAGGUUUUGUCGUAUGUGACUCUCUUGCUCGGGUUCUACAUGGCUUGGAACAUUGGAGCCAACGAUGUGGCUAAUGCAAUGGGGACUUCAGUCGGAUCAGGCGCCUUGUCGCUCAGACAGGCCGUUGUGACAGCUGGAAUCUUGGAGUUCUCAGGGGCAUUGUUGAUGGGAACACACGUGACAAGUACGAUGCAGAAGGGAAUUCUCGUUGCCAAUGUUUUCCAAGGAAAGGAUACUCUGCUGUUUGCUGGUCUACUUUCUUCAUUGGCUGCUGCAGGAACAUGGCUGCAGGUUGCAUCAUAUUAUGGUUGGCCAGUCUCUACAACACAUUGCAUAGUAGGAUCCAUGGUUGGAUUUGGUCUUGCAUAUGGAGGAACUGGUGCUGUAUUCUGGAGUUCACUAGCAAGGGUAACUAGUUCCUGGGUAAUCUCACCUCUAUUGGGAGCAAUGGUUUCAUUCAUUGUCUACAAAUGCAUCCGCAGGUUCGUUUACAGCGCUAAGAAUCCCGGGCAAGCUGCUGCUGCUGCUGCGCCAAUUGCUGUCUUUCUUGGCGUUACCGGGAUCUCAUUUUCAGCCUUCCCUCUCAGCAAGACACUUCCCAUAGCUCUAGCCCAGGCUCUAGCAAUUGGCAGUAUUGGUGCUAUAGUAGUUGACAGAAUCAUUAGGAGACAACUAGGUCACCUCCUGGUCAAAACUAAUUCAAAUGGAUCUGCAGAACCUAAGGCAGAAACUGUCCAGAAUAUAGGAUUCCUUUCAGAUAUUGCAGGGCCCAAGGGAACCCAACUAGAGAUAGUUUAUGGAGUGUUUGGGUACAUGCAAGUCCUCUCGGCCUGUUUUAUGUCAUUUGCUCAUGGUGGGAACGAUGUCUCCAACGCAAUAGGCCCUUUGGCUGCAGCACUAACAAUCCUUCAAGGUGGACUUAACGGGACUCAGAUUGUUAUUCCUAAUGAUGUUCUGGCUUGGGGUGGAUUCGGGAUUGUUGCAGGGCUAGCGAUGUGGGGCUACAGAGUGAUAUCGACCAUCGGGAAGAAGAUCACAGAACUAACACCAACAAGAGGAUUUGCUGCCGAGUUUGCAGCUGCAUCGGUGGUUCUCGUUGCUUCCAAGCUCGGGCUACCUAUCUCAGCUACCCACACUCUAGUGGGCGCUGUUAUGGGGGUAGGAUUCGCGAGGGGGUUAAACAGCGUAAGAGCAGAAACAGUAAGGGAGAUCGUAACUUCUUGGGUAGUGACUAUUCCUGUUGGCGCCACCUUAGCCGUUAUCUACACAUGGGUAUUGACUAAGCUAUUGUCUUGCAUGCUUUAAUGAAAACAUUAGAAAGAAGAUUAAAACAUGGAACACUUCUUCUGUUCUUCAUGUAUGUGAUUAAUUAAAAAUCACAUCAAUUUUUGGAACUUAAUGUAAUUGCCUAGACUGAGCUAAGUCUAAGUCUUUGCUGCAAAUAAAGAUGAAUUUUUAACACCUA